CUGUGGAGUACUGGUUUGUGUGCGGUCUCCGUGCCGUCGGAACAGCCUUCCGUCUGGAUCACUAUUCUCCUUGUGGGCUUCAACAAGCGUCACAAAAUGCUUUACUCCCUGCUUUCCUAAUAACGCGCGUUGGGUAGGGAAAUGAGUAUUGCAACUCAGAAUGGAGGGCGCUGCUCUUCACUACCCCCUUCCACACUCAACAACGAAGACUGUCUCGCUGUUUUGGAUUUAUCGGCUGAAUCAAUAGUAACAAGUCGAAUACCGUCUUCCAUACUACAACACAAUUCGAAAGAACGGCAUAAAAAUGGUGAGCUGGAACCGAAUGAUGUCGCACCGGGUCCAACAUAUUUUAGCUCGUGCAAUGUGUUCCAGUCUUAUCCGACAUCAGAAGACUCCCAAGUACACAAGUCAACUAGAGUUUCUCCGAGUGGAAGCAGCAUGGUAACAGACGAAGAUAGUGGUUACGGGCAGAUCGCACAUCCAGCAUUCGGACAAACCGGGUCCUCAAGUUCCAUAGCAAACUCAGGGUUGUCUGUGGCGGAUAACAGCAUGUCAGACAGUGCGCCACGUGACGAACUACUUAUUGUGAUGACAGAAGAUCUUGUUGAUUGGUUUCAACGAAUGUAUCCUAGACUAUCGGAAAAUUUUGAUGUGGACAACUUUUUUGAGAAAUUAUCAGACGGGGUACUUCUUUGUCAUUAUGCCAAUGAUUUACACCAUCUACUGACCGACCAUUGCUCAAAAACACGCAAGGAUGGGCGCUUACAGCUGAACGGAACACGUAUUGGUGGAGUUCAGGCGUACUUGCCAGCUGGUUGUCCUAUUUACCAGACGCGCGGUUUACAAGGCUCCAGCGCUACUUGUGGUUUCGUUUCUAGGGAUAAUGUAUCGAACUUCUUAACAUGGUGUCGUCAGCUGGGGAUGCUAGAUUCAGUAUUGUUUGAAAGUGAGGAUCUGGUAUGCAGGAAAAAUCCACGGAACGUUGCAAUAUGUUUACUGGAAUUAGCUCGUCUUGGGGGUCGGUUCGGUAUGGCAAUACCUGAAUUAAUCCAACUGGAAGUGGAAAUUGAUGAAGAACUUGCAACUGAAUCACACGACAGUCGGUCCCUUACUCAACGCAGUUCGGAAACAUCCUCCAGCUCAUCUUCUAUCACUGAACACGAUAGGAUAUUAUAUUGCCGAAAGGCAUCUUGUGGAGUAGACAAACAUGUUGCCGAAAGCAAACUACGGGAACCUGUGUUGGGUUCCGGGUUUUGCUGUUCUACUGGGGAGCAAGAAAGAGAGGCCAUCCCCCGCGAUAGGGCUUACAAAACCAAUCGUUCGAGCGAGCUGAGGAAAUUGAAGAAACAACAAGAUUAUUCAGUCAGAAAGCAUACGUCUAACGUAAAAGAAGCAGUCGUAUCUGGGAAAAGAAAACCAGAACUCAACCGACCCGUAGUGGACAUGCGUUCCCUGGAUGAAAUCGUUCGCGACCUCCUGUCUCAGUGCACCUGCCCGCAAACGUUCCCGAUGAUUCGCGUUAGUGAAGGACGGUACUUGUUUGGUGACAAGUGCACACAAAUUUUUGUACGGAUUCUGCGAAAUCACGUAAUGGUUCGCGUUGGAGGUGGAUGGGACACGCUUAAUCAUUUUCUGACCAAAUACGAUGAAUGUCGGAAAGCGAAUCCACCAAAUUAUCGAGUCCCCUCAGAAUCUGUCUUUCCUUCAAAAAUGAGGCAGGCGAAAGUCAACCCAUCCGAUGCCGAUCAAGUGUUGACAUCAAUUCGGCCUUGCAACACGACUCCACCAUCCAAGGAAGGCAGUCCGAUCAAAGGGCAGGGUAUUCUGUGUGCCAUAAAGAAAAGUCCUUCAAGGGAAUUGCCGAAUGGCCAACUCUGUCGUGAUUUGGAAUCGCACAAGAAAUGUAACGGGGACACUGUUAUCCCGGUUGGAAAAGCGGCAUCUACGGAAAGCUACCAGAAUGCGACUCACAAUCUUGACCAACCAGAAGAGUAUUCCACACUGAACGUGGCACUUGCGGAUACGUCUGAGCCUAAAGUUUUCCCAGAGUUAGUUUCAACACAACAAACCACUGCAGAUGACGUCCAUAACAGCAUCUUCAAUGGGUUAUGUAAACCCUUGUGUACCGCGAUGGAACAGCUGGGGAUGACUCAGUUACCUUCGUCGGACAGUCGAAAUGGAGCAAAUGACACUGAACGUAACUCUAAUGUUUCACAGAUGAAGACUACAUCCCAAAAAACAACCUGCAACAAUGUGUUUGAACGGCUAUCCAACUCAGCACCACGGAAAUCUAGUCUAGGACAGCUACUAGAUCAGGAUAGUUCCAAAGCAUCUCGACUAACUGCUCCAUUGUUCAAAGCGAGUAAACCUAAACAAUCGCUUUCAACUAAACCCAUGCUUUUGAGCAGAGUCGAUCGCAAACUCCAGCAGCAACAGUGUGAAAAAUCAGAGUCUGCUGAAAGAGCUCACCGCACAAGACUACCCAGUGGUCAAGGUUCCAGGAUUCAGGAUGCAAGUACACCACUUUUUAUAGAUGCAGAUCCACCACAUAAGAUUGGAGCGAAGCAUCGUUUAUCCUCCCGUGGGAUGAAUGAGCAAAUAGUGAAUUCGAGACGUCCUUCAGCUCCACAGUCUUUAACUUCCCCAGUCAGUCCCGUUGGGCUGAGUAUGUUUGAUUGCUCUGAUGGUCGAUUUUCACGCAUUCCACGUCCGAUUCGAUCUUAUUCACUGUCACGAAUACCUCUCAGCACCACUUCCAUCGCGAGACUCAAUUUAACUACUGUACACGACAUUUAACUAGCCUGUUGGACAAUCGCCACAAAUGACUUAUUUUUUGUACCAUCUUGCACCUCCAAUCUGCACUCCCUCUGUUUUCACCUCGGUUCCACAGGCUCCGCCCAUUUAGUGCAGCAAGUCUUUCAUUUCUCCUUUUUGUCCCAAAUACUUUGCGACCUAUCUUAUACAUGAUUAGUAACGCUUUACAUGAUCACCGUGAGUAUAUUUGCUAGCCGGUUGUUUUUAUACCAACUUAGUUCACAGACCUAACCUUACACUCAGCCCCGCCAAUUCCUUGUUCUUCUUUGACUUGUGUAAUUACUAUUUCCGUAUACUUUGCUAUGACUUGCACAGUUUGCCUGUUUCUCCAGCUGCUUCCAUGUAGCUAUCCGUGAUAAGAUUUCUUUUGCUCUUAGUUCCAUGUUUCUUACACAGACAAAACUGCGACCGGAUAUAAUCGUUACCAAAAAAUGCACAAUCACAUGCAUAAU